GUGAAGGUGGUGGAGGAGGAGGAGGGAGCUGAGUUUCGAGAGUUUUGCCUUGCAACCCACAUUAUGUUCAAUAGGCGUGGUGUUUGAUCUCGAGUUACCUGAAACUACUCUCCCUGCCUUCAGCGAUCAGCCGGACGCUAAACCUCAACCCUGUUCAACAAAUGCAAGAAUACAGAGGAGACAACUACUGCUGAGGGGGAUGAUUUGAUGGUGGGACCGCAGGAAACGCUACAGGACUGAUCAAACAGGAGGAGGAACUACGACAUCUUUGAAAUUACAGAUAAAUGGUAUUCAAACACUAGGUGACAGGUCUGGCAGCGAAAUGAGGCCAACAGUGAUCCUGCGUGGCCUUGUGGUGCUGUUUACCAGUGGAGUCAUGUUGUACAUCGCCAAGGAAUUUGUGUUUUCUGAAGUAAGAUUGAAACAUAUGAAAUAUUUCAACGAGUUUACAGAUUCAAUACCUAAGAAGUUCGUCUGCCAAAUGGAAACGCGAUGUCCUGAUGAUCAAUUUCCGUUUAAGAUCACCAGUGGAGCAGCAAAUAUUGUCGGGGCCAACAUUUGUUUCAAUGGUAAAACGCUGAUGAGUACGGUAAAAAAUAAUAUCGGGAAAGGGAUAAACAUUGCUCUAGUGAAUGCAAGCAAUGGUCAACUAAUAACCACCAACUUCUUCAAUAUGUGGAGUGGAAAAAUUGAACUGCUUGCGGAUUUCUUAAAAGCUAUAAAGCCUCCCACUAUUAUGCUACUUGCUUCGUUUGAUGACCCGUCAACAAAGAUGAAUGAUGACACAAAAAAAUUAUUUACUGAACUGGGAAGUUCUCUAAUUUUUUCCCUGGGCUUUCGAGACAACUGGGUCUUUCUGGGAGCGAAACCGAUUAAGGGGAAAAGUCCAUUUGAACAGAUCCUGAAGAAUGAUAAGGCAAAGAACAAGUAUGAUAACUGGCCUGAAGCGAUUGAGAUGGAGGGUUGUGUUCCCAGGAAGAACGACUAGUGACUUUAUCCGUCCGCUAUCUGUUUGGAGAAACGCAACAACAAUGUAUCAUUCACACAACAAUACUCUUGACACUUUUUUCACCGUCUUCACAAACAUUAUUCUUCCCCCCCUCUCAGCUCUUCACUCGCCAAGUGUCAAUUUAGUGGUAUUUUCUUUAGAAGAGGAGGAAUUUCUCUAGCCAGAGGGUGGUGACUCUGUGGGAUUCAUUGCCACCGACGCAAGUGCAGGCCAAGUCAUUGGGUAUUUUUAAAGCGGAGAUUGGUAGGUUCUUACCAAAGAUG